ACUGUAAUUUUGAACUUAAAACCAAAACAUCAACACGUGAAAUUGCAAAUUUAAUUAAACUCACGAAAACAAAGAUAUCCAAUGGCAGGAGCAUCACAAUUUAAAAAUGAAAAAUUUAUUGACCAAUAUGAGCACAUCAAAAAGCUUAAACUUCUCACGGAUGAAGAACUUAGUCAAGUGAAACGAAAACGCUCAUUCUUUGAGGUUUCAAUUAAAAGUUGCUCAGAAUUACGUCCUUUUAUUGAUUAUAUCAAAUAUGAAAUAGCAUUAAUGAAGAAGUUUAAACAUAUUGAUUACGAAAACGAAAGAGAUGGAAUCGCUUUAGACAGAGUUCUCUCAGCUCAUGUUAAAUCACUUUUCAGACUCGCACUUAUGAAAUUUCAAGACAAAAGAAAACUUUGGGAACAUUUCAUAGCAUUUGCUAAACAGAAAUAUUUCAAUCUUGUGUCAAGUAUUUAUCAAGAAAUGCUUUGUUUUCAUCGCAAACCAGAAGAUUUCAUAGAAGCUGCUGAGCAUGAAAAGUCAAGGAAAAAUUACGCAAAUGCGAUGGGUUUGUUGAUGCAAGGAAUGGGAGUUAAUAAAGAGGCUUCCGAGAAAUUUGUAGCACUUUAUAUUGAGUGCUCGUUUGAACAAGGAUCAAAUGAAAAUGAUGAAGUGAAGAAAGCAACAUUGCAACAAGCGUCAAAAUUUUAUGUGAAGAUUCUAAAGGACUCGGGAAAUUUCUUAAAUAUUUGUGAACUUUUGAACAGAAUUCAAAGUUUUGACUACACAAUGACUUUCCAAGAUGACAUCAUCACAGAUUUAAUGCAGAAUUAUUCGGAAGAGCCUGAAGUUUGGAAUUUACUCGCUAAACGUCACUUGGAUGGAAUAUUUUAUGAACAAAACAAAAGUGAAAGUUCUGAAGUUGAGAAAGAGACUGAAACAGUUCCAUUUGAACUUUGCCUAAGUCGUGCAAUUGAAAUUUAUGAGAAAGGUUUAGAAACUGUUUCUCAAGAGAACGACAAGAAAAUGUUUUCACAUUACAUUGAAAAACUUCUCGAACUCGAUGAGAUGAGGAAUUUAAACAAAAGUUCUUUGAAAAUGAUUCGACAUUCACUGGGAAAAACUCUCGUUAAAGGAUAUCAACAAGACAGUUUAUCAUCGGUACAUUUCAUUCAUUUUAUUAAACUUCUUAUGCUCAAUAUUGAGCAAAAUAAAAAUGAAAUUGAGGAAAUGUUAGAGAAAGGAGGAAGUUUGUAUCCAAAUUCAAUGGAACUUUUCGAGCUUUCUAUUAAAUAUUUCAUUUUCAUGAAGGAUCAUGAAAGUAUCAAGAAAACCUUCAAACAUGCCAUCAACAAUAAUCACAAACACGUUGUGGAAAUUUACAGAUUUUUAUGUGGAGUUUAUUUAAAAAGUUCAACAGAGAAGGAAAAAGCAGCGGAAAUCAUGUCGGAAGCCAUCAACAGUAGCGACAAAAAGCUUUCGGAAGCUUUUCAACCUUUUUAUCUUGAAUAUCAUUCAAUGACGGGAAGCAUCGAAAAGACUCGCGAAAUUUUCAAAUCUCUUAUUCAAACUAAAACUUCCACUUACCUUUCGUUGGAUUUCUUCCGUACAAUGAUUAAAAUUGAAGAAGCUCAAAACAAUCCAAAUGAAAAAAUUAUAAAAAAUUGUUACGAACGAGCAACACAAAAUUUCGGAAAGGAAAAUUCAGAGAUUUGGUUAGACUACAUCAAAUUUUUGUGGAAACAUGGAAAGCACACAGAAGCUGAUGAUUUACGAAAACGUGCCGUCGAAUAUCUCAAAGACGAUCUUGAAAAAUUUACAGAAUUUCAAAAACAAUUUGCACUUCUAAGAAUCGGGAGUGGAAUGAAUAUGGAAGUUGUUUAAUGAGAUUUAAUCUGCAAUUUCAAAUUUCCAAACUUUCAAACUUAAUAAUAAAAAUAAAAAUUUAAAUUUCCUUAACAAACAAUUU